GGGAACAAUACGCGAAAAAACUUGCAGAUGCUGGAAUUACAAAUUUUGAACAGUUAAAAGAAUGUGAGCCAUGGAGAAUUGAAACUGCUUGCAAUCGAUAUCCACCAUUCGGACAUAACGUUCACGAAGCAGUUGCGACUCUUCCAAAUCUUAAGCUCGAUAUUGAGCAUGUUAUGGAAAAUCCAACAAGGAUUAAAGUUUCAUUUCAAGACGAAUAUUCAGAUGAACCAACUGAUCACUUGUUCCUCGGAUUGGAUGUCUACAAAACAAUUGUACCCGACAAUCAAUCUUUGGAUGUUUGUAAUAACCUUAUUGCACCCAUUGAACCAUCACAUGAAUCGCCGAAAAAGUUCGAAAUCAACAAGCUUCCUUCCGAAACGAAUCGCGUACAACACCAGAAACAAGGUGUUAUCGAAAGUAAAGAGACAUACAAUAUGAAGGAAAAAGAAAAGCAACAUGACAGCAAUAUAAAAGGUCCAGAGUUGUUACCUAACGGACGAGUAAAAUGCAACCAUCCUUGUAAAGAUAAACAAAAAUGCGCACAUGAAUGUUGCAAAAUUGGGUGUAGACGUGCACCAAAGAAGCGAAAGAAUAAUAAUAUAACUUCUUCGCCAACAUUUUCAUACGAUAAACAACUUAACAUUGACGAAUCAAUAUUCAACGAAGAAAUGAAAUCACAGCCAGUUAUUCAUGACGAAUAUGGUUUUCUAGACCAAUCAUGGUUUGAAAUUUGGAAUGAGUUUGAUUUAAUUUCAAUAGUGGAUUUAGAUGAGGAUAG